AUGGCUGCACUUAAACAACGUCUUGGCUUUGAGAGCACAAGAUCCCUGACACUCUUUUCAGUAUUUGGUGGGGCACUAUUUCUCUUCUCGACACUUCAACUGCCCUACAUCGACAUCGACCGCGUCUUUUGUGCAGCUGGAAAUCCUUGGUCUGUACCUGGAGAAUGUUAUUGGUUCCAAAAGCCUGGACUCAUGCGCAAUGGGAUGUUGUUGCACCUCUCUACCAUCUUGCCCGCUGGUGCCCUCGUUUGUUUUCAGUUCGUACCAACACUUCGACAGGCCAAGUAUGCAAAGUUCCAUCGCAUCAACGGAUAUGUGGUUUUAUUUCUAUCGGCGUUGGGGACAAUAGGUGCGCUUAUAAUUGAGAAGCGCGCUAUGGGAGCGAGAUUCUCAAAUAGAAUUGGAACUUGGAUCCUCUGCACUCUCUUCACGGGUGCUUCAAUAAUGGGCUUGGUUAGCAUCAAGAAGAGAAGGUUCGAGGAGCAUCGGGCGUGGAUGCUUCGGGCAUGGUUCUGGGCAACAUCGAUUAUCACCAUGAGAGUUAUCCUCAUCUCUAUGGCCCAUAUAAUAGGAACCCCUUCACGGGCUUUAGAAGUGAGCAUGCCCUGCUAUAUCGUUGAGUAUCUGCAUGAAAGCUUUCCUGGCACGAUGAAAAACCCAUAUCCGAGCUGUGCCGCAUUCACAUCUGGGGAGAAUUUGCAACAGGAGACUAUGGUAAAGACAAAUUGGGAUCUCACUGAUUUGCCAGGUAUUACAGCCGGUUUGAGACUUGGCUAUGCUGUUGGUGGUUGGCUCGGAUUUGUUAUUCAUGCUAUUGGAGUUGAAGUCUACAUAAUGUCUACUGGGCCGAAGCGGAAAGUAAAGGUUUGA